CAGCGGCACCAGUCCCCGGCGUGAAUUCACCUGUUUCAUAUAAGUCGCCCUUUCAACGGAAAUAUUCCUGAUCUAGUUGCUCAAACUGUGCGCGAAUGCACCCAUAACGUAAAGAAGCUUUCACAAACUUCGGUGCACCGCGACGCCACUGCCGGAUUCCCGCGUUGUCUGAGUGAUCUCACGCAAGCUUACAAGUUCAACCGAAGGCGCCCCGCCACUGUUCAUCAGACGUAAGGAGAGAAAUGACCAAAUUACCGUAUGCUAUAAUUCCCUGAUUCACUUUGGGAAACUGCGACGACUGCCCUCUGUUAGGUGGCCACGACUUCAAAUACCAGUGAAGGUUCCGGUUGUGGCUGCACAAAACCACAGUUUUCAAGGUGCCGGGAUUUUAGCCGCGUUAGGAGCGAUGGUCCGCAGCAUUUUCUUUAAGGUAGCCACAGGCUGUGUGCUGCUAUACAUACUCAUGGAUGUCUGCUUCGACGUGAAGGGACUCACAGAAGCAGGUUUAAAAACUAUGCUUCGAAGUUUCCCCGUUGUCGACAAAAUACCCGAGGCCGCUGCAAAACGGCAAACUAGCACCCUGACACCGAAUCAAAACCAUGGAAUUACCGGAGUUCCAGCAGACGUACUGAGCGACAGCACUAUGGGUAAUCUUUCAGCGUGGAAGUUAUGCCCCCCUAUACCCCCAAAUCUGGUUGGUUACAUACCCACGAAGAUGGAUGUGCCAUCCUUAGAAGCUGUAGAAGGCGAAUUCCCUGACGUAAUGGUUGGCGGCCACUUCCGACCCAAGGAAUGCACAUCCCGGCACAAGUUGGCUAUCCUCAUACCAUAUCGAAACCGGGCAGAACACCUCAAAAUAUUUGUAUACAACAUUCAUCGGGUGCUGGCGAGACAGCAGAUUGACUAUGGUGUCUUUGUCAUUGAGCAGGGCGAUAGUCAGAAUUUUAAUCGUGCUAAGCUCCUAAACGUUGGAUUCAUGGAGUCUACAGCACUGUACGACUAUGAGUGCUUCGUGUUCCAUGACAUCGACCUGGUGCCAGUCGACGAUCGCAAUGUCUACACUUGUCCUCAGCGGCCUCGGCACAUGUCUGUAAGGAUAGACUCCCGAUCAGGUGUUCCCUAUCCUUUGAUGUUUGGAGGAGUUAGUGCGUUGAGCAAGGAGCUAAUGUUACGGGCCAACGGCUACUCCAACCUCUACUGGGGUUGGGGAGGAGAGGACGACGACAUAUCAUUGAGGCUGAAACACAUCAACCAGACUAUUCUCAGACGUCCUGAGCACAUUGCGAGGUACAAGUCUCUGAGCCACGGGAAAAGUAAAGCAAAUCCAGUCAGGUUUCGCCUAAUUAACCAAUGGCAACAGCGCUACAAGAAGGAUGGCUUGAACAGCUUGAAGUACAGGAUCAUGGAUGUAGCCUUUAAGAAACUCUACACGUGGAUACUCGUUGAUCUCAGAGAGCCAUAGAUGCCGUAUUUGCUCAACAGAACUUGUUUUUUAGUACUUUGAAAUAUUGGCUGAUC